AUGGGGUCUGAUCCACUUCGCGCCGCUCCACCAGUUCCCCACUCUGCUCUGCAGAGCGAGAUCCGGCUUUGCUGCCGUCGCUGCAUGAACGGCGGUGCCAGUGAGGUGUCAUAUGCCUUUCUCCAUUUGAGACUCACACUGAAGCAUUGGGACAAAAUGAGGUGCUUACGAAAGAGAUCUGCGGUAUCCUUUCUAGGAGUCCUGGUCAUUUGCUUGUUGUUCAUGAACGUAUACAUUGAAGAUAGCUAUGUCUUGGAUGGAGACAAACAGUUAAUCAGAGAAACAGCAACACAUCAAUUAAACUCAGAACGAUAUGUUCACACUUUUAAAGAUCUGUCCAAUUUCUCAGGAUCAAUAAAUGUUUCCUAUCGCUAUCUGGCUGGCACACCUUUGCUCAGAAAAAGGUAUCUUACUAUUGGACUGUCCUCAGUCAAACGAAAAAAGGGAAAUUAUUUGCUGGAAACAAUCAAGUCCAUAUUUGAGCAGUCAAGUUAUGAAGAGCUGAAGGAAAUUGCGGUGGUGGUGCACCUGGCAGAGUUCGACUCAACCUGGUGCCUUGGGAUGGUUCAAGAUAUUUCCCAGAAAUUUGCCCAUCAUGUAAUUGCUGGGAGGUUAAUGGUGAUCCAUACUCCUGAAGAAUACUAUCCAGUAUUGGAUGGCCUUAAGAGAAAUUAUAAUGAUCCAGAAGACAGAGUGAAAUUCCGUUCCAAGCAAAAUGUAGAUUAUGCUUUCUUGCUUAACUUUUGUGCUAACCUUUCUGAUUAUUAUGUUAUGUUAGAAGAUGAUGUUCGAUGUGCAAAGAACUUCUUGACUGUCAUUAAGAAAGUCAUAACUUCACGAGAGGGAACCUACUGGGUGACGUUAGAAUUUUCUAAGUUGGGCUACAUUGGGAAGUUAUACCAUUCCCAUGAUCUCCCUCGUCUGGCCCAUUUUUUGCUGAUGUUCUACCAGGAAAUGCCUUGUGAUUGGCUGCUCAUACAUUUCCGUGGGCUGUUGGCUCAAAAGGAUGUGAUACGUUUCAAACCAUCUCUCUUCCAGCAUAUGGGAUAUUAUUCAUCUUACAAAGGAGCUGAGAAUAAACUGAAGGAUGAUGACUUUGAAGAGGAUUCAUUUGACCUUCCCGAUAACCCUCCUGCCAACCUGCACACCAAUAUGAAUGUAUUUGAAAAUUAUGAGGCAAGCAAGGCAUAUAGUAGUGUUGAUGAAUACUUCUGGGGCAAAGCACCCUCAACUGGAGAUUUCUAUGUGAUUGUCUUUGAAAAGCCUAUUAAAAUUAAUAGGAUUAAAGUUGUCACUGGGACAGAAGACCGUCAAAAUGACAUCUUGCAUCAUGGGGCUCUGGAAGUUGGGGGCAAAAUUGUUGGGGGCAAAAAAGGGAGGCAAUGUACUACUUUCUUGCGAAUAGGGGAGUUCAAAAAUGGAAACUUGGAAAUUACAGAUGUGGAGCACAAAGUCCUUUUUGAUAUUAACUGUAUGAGAAUACUUGUUACCAAAAGCCAAAAGGAAUGGUUGAUCAUUAGGAGCAUUAGCAUAUGGACUUCACAGCCACCGAGUCAAUAAGGCAAAUCUACAGCAGCAGAUUUCCCCCCUCCUUAUUAGGGAAGUGAGCACCAUUGCUUGAAUCCCAAAUGGUGCCAUUCCCUAAAAUGACUGACUUGUUUUCCGAUUUUUUUGCUACUGACAUUGGCAAUCUGGGAAAUCACAAAACUAACAAAAGCAAUCUAGUUUUUAUGAGUUCAGUCAGGCAAUAUACAAUGACUACUUUGUUGGAAUGUUUGAAUUUUAUAGUAAGUGCAAACAAGUUCUUGUCCAUCUCUCAAGCUCCAAAAUCCAGUUCUCUGUUGUUUCCGUCUCCCAUUUGAGAAGAACCGAUGUACUAAACAAAGCAAAUGCUGUUUCAUAAUUUAAAGGUUUUGUAGGCCUCUGCCAGUAUAUUGUCAAAAGAAUUUGACUCCAUCGUAUCCACGUAUAAAUUAAAAAUGUGAUGGUGCUUUGUGUUUGUACAAUAGUUGGUGGCUUGUUUUGUUUUGAAGACCGUUUUGAUCCAGAAGUCCUAUGAAUGCAGCUGGUAUUCUCUACU